GUUGACCUAACAUACAUACAGAGGCACACACACAGUGUAUCCAUUGCCGCAAUCUCUGACCUUUGGUCUUCUCAUCCGAUUUCGUGCGUGAUCCACAACUGGUUGGAUCGUGUUUGACUCGCCAUUUCUGCCUUGUGGCUCGGUUCAUAUCAUGGCCCAUCCAGGUCCCUUCCAUCAUCUGUUGAAGCCUUUGCCGCUCGACGGUCAGUCCACCUCGAGUCAAUACUUUGAUUUACCUGCCUUGGGUCCCGCCUAUCAUCAAUUGCCCUUUUCCAUUCGGGUCUUGCUGGAAUCGGCCGUGCGGAAUUGCGACAAUUUUCAGGUCUUGGAAACGGAUGUGAGCAAGAUCUUGCAAUGGGCCGAGAAUCAAAGCGUGCCCACGGGGGUCGAGGUGCCCUUCCGUCCGGCACGGGUCAUUCUGCAAGAUUUUACGGGUGUGCCGGCCGUGGUCGAUUUUGCGGCCAUGCGGGAUGCUGUCCAGCGUUUGGGUGGGGAUCCCGAACAAAUCAACCCGCAAUGUCCAUCUGAUUUGGUGAUUGAUCACUCGGUGCAGGUGGAUUUCGCCCGAAGUGAUAACGCCCUUUCGAAAAAUGAAGAAUUGGAAUUUGAGCGGAACAAGGAGCGGUUCACGUUCCUGAAAUGGGGUGCCAAGGCUUUCAAGAACAUGCUGAUCGUCCCGCCUGGGUCGGGUAUCGUUCAUCAGGUCAAUCUGGAAUAUUUAGCCCGUGUCUGCUUCACGGACUCGGAUAUUGUUUACCCCGACUCGGUCGUAGGUACGGAUUCCCAUACCACCAUGAUCAAUGGAUUAGGAGUGGUAGGCUGGGGCGUGGGUGGUAUCGAAGCUGAAGCUGUUAUGUUAGGCCAACCCAUCUCCAUGGUCUUGCCCAAGGUGUUGGGUUACAAGAUAUCCGGGCAAAUGCACUCCUUGGUGACCUCCACGGACGUGGUUCUGACCAUCACCAAACAUUUGCGUCAAAUCGGAGUGGUGGGCAAGUUUGUGGAGUUUUUUGGUCCCGGUGUGGCCUCCUUGUCCAUUGCGGAUCGCGCCACCAUCGCCAAUAUGUGUCCCGAAUAUGGCGCCACCAUCGGCUACUUCCCAGUGGAUUCCCAAUCCAUCGAUUAUCUGCGCCAGACUAACCGGGAUGAGCAAAAGAUCAAAAUGAUCGAAGGCUACUUGAAUGCCGUGGGCAUGAUGCGAAACUACUCGGACGCCAGCCAAGACCCGACAUUCUCCGAGAUUGUCGAACUCGACUUGGCGAGUGUGGUGCCGAGUUUGUCCGGACCCAAACGUCCUCAUGAUCGAGUAUCCGUGUCGGAUAUGAAGGCCGAUUUCACGACUUGCCUGCCCGCCAAAAUUGGGUUUAAAGGCUAUGGACUUCCUCAAGACAAACUGAGUACCACUGUGCCUUUUGUCAUGAACGGUCACGAACAUGUUUUGAAGCAUGGAUCCGUCCUCAUUGCUGCGAUAACGAGUUGCACCAAUACCUCCAACCCUAGUGUGAUGCUGGGAGCGGGUUUGAUGGCCAAGAAGGCCGUGGAAAAAGGCUUGACCGUGGCUCCGUACAUCAAAACCAGUUUGUCGCCGGGAUCGGGCGUGGUUACCUACUAUCUCCAAGAGUCUGGGGUGAUUCCGUACUUGGAGACUUUGGGCUUCUCCAUUGUGGGUUACGGUUGCAUGACUUGUAUCGGAAACUCAGGACCCUUGGACGAUUCCGUAGCCGAUGCGGUGAAGAAAGGCGACCUCGUUUGUUGUGGCGUGCUAUCCGGAAACCGAAAUUUCGAAGGCCGAAUCCAUCCCGACACCCGAGCCAAUUAUCUGGCCUCGCCUCCUUUGGUCAUUGCAUAUGCCAUUGCAGGAAAAGUGGACAUCGACUUUGAGACGGAACCCUUGGGCCAUGAUGCGGACAAUAAACCCGUGUUUUUGAGAGAUAUCUGGCCCAGUCGGGAAGAGAUCCAAGCCGUGGAGAAGAAACAUGUGAUCCCGAGCAUGUUCGAGGAGGUUUACUCCAAGAUCACCACGGGCAACGAGCGGUGGAAUAAAUUAGAAGCCCCGGAGGGCAAAUUGUACCCGUGGGACGAGAAAUCGACUUACAUCAAGAGCCCUCCGUUCUUCGAUGGGAUGACCAAGGAGCUCCCCGCUCCCCGGAAGGUGGAGAAGGCUUACCCCUUAUUGAACUUGGGCGACUCCGUGACCACGGAUCACAUCAGCCCAGCAGGGAGUAUCGCCCGGACCAGCCCAGCAGCCAGAUUUCUGGGCUCGAAGGGCAUCACGCCACGAGAGUUCAACUCGUACGGAUCCCGUCGAGGCAACGAUGCCAUCAUGGCACGUGGCACCUUCGCCAACAUUCGCUUGGUGAACAAGUUCAUCGGGCAUGCCGCUCCCAAAACCCUGCAUAUUCCUUCCAAGGAGGUGAUGGACGUGUUUGACGCGGCAGAGGAAUACAAGAAGGCAGGCCAACACUUGAUCAUCUUGGCUGGCCAAGACUACGGAUGCGGCUCGAGCAGAGAUUGGGCAGCCAAAGGGCCUUUCCUUCAGGGCGUGCGGGCUGUGAUUGCCGAGUCAUAUGAGCGAAUCCAUCGCUCGAACCUGGUGGGAAUGGGCAUUGUGCCCUUGCAAUACACCAGUGGCGAAAACGCCGAGAGUUUGGGCUUGACAGGUCAAGAGGAGUACACCAUCGAGAUUCCUUCUGAUCUCAAACCGCAGCAAACAUUGGAGGUUCAAGUCUCGACUGGCAAGAGCUUUAAGGUCUUGGCCCGAUUCGACACCGAGCUGGAAUUGACUUACUACCGAAAUGGCGGUAUCCUGAACUACAUGAUCCGAAAAAUGAUCCAAGUUUAGUCCCGUUGUCGAAUGGAUGCAAAUAUUGAAUAUAUUUUUACUGGGCCGACGAUAAUAAACCCGCGAUUAUUUUCAUAA